CACAUUGGAGGAAGAACCGCCCAGGGCAUGAGCUUUAAAAAGCCUUGCUCAGGUAAUAAAACACAUACUAUCCUUUUCGCAAGCAGUAAAGUAUGCUGGAGAUGGGUGUGAGUCUAUGGACCAUCCUGCUGUUUGUUCAGACUCUUUGUUUGACAUCAGUUGAUGCCUACCCCAAUGGAAAAGUGACUGAAUCCUGUGGGAGUAUGAUGCCAAUGCACGGUCAUGCCCCCAAUACCAGCCACUCUCCCUACACUCUGGCUGUCAAUGUCACUAAAUUCAGUUCUGGAGAUUACAUCCAAGUUACCAUAUCUGGAACGACAUACUUUGAGGGAUUCCUGCUUGAGGCUCGGAAUGCAUCCAAUCCAGACUCUGAUGCUGUCGGCUCCUUCAUCCUGACCAAUCCUAAAACCACACAACUGUUGAAAUGUGGCCACACUCCGGGUUCAGCUGUCAGUCACACAAGUGAUGCCAGACAGACACAAAUCGUGGUAAUCUGGAACGCUCCCCAAAACUCACCCGACGCUGUCCAAUUUCUUGUGACAGUAGUGGCUCAUUACAAGACUUUCUGGGUGAAAAUCCCCGGUCCUGUUGUGUCUCAGAGUGGGGUAACUCCCAUCCCACCUAAACCCACCACACCUUCCACUACCCUAGAGACAUCAACUCCCUCUGUGUUGCCCAGACCAUUCAGCUCAGUGGGUUGUGGCCAACAGAAGUCCUGCCUGUUGGACCCAGUGGGAUGUGACCCGGAAAAAGAUCCAUCGUGCUUCUUCCUGUCUUUCGCCCCCAAGGGUCAGACUGUGGUGUUUGAGCUCAGUGGGCCCUCAGACGGCUACAUUGCCUUCGCCCUCUCCCAUGACACAUGGAUGGGGGAUGAUGACAUGUACCUAUGUGUGAGGGAUGACAGCUUGGUGGAUGUGAGCGCAGCUUAUGUCAAAGGAAGGUCCUACCCAAUGGAGGCCUCUGAGAAUGUUCUUACAGAUGUGGCCUGGAGAUUGGCGGAUGGAGUCAUUCAGUGUCGGUUUCGUCGACAAGUUCUUGUCCCACAGGACCCGACCCGGUUUAGUCUGGACGCACAGUACUACCUGUUCAUGGCAUACGGUGAAGCUGAAAACGGCGAGGUGCACAGGCAUGACCGCCAACCCCUCAUAUCCUCACAGCAGUCGGUCAUCAACGGCCCAGCAGAGAUUCUCAAUGGCUCUCGAUCGCCACUUCUCAUGAAAUUUCACAGUGUUCUGAUGUUAAUUGCCUGGAUGUUGGCUGGAAGCACGGGUACUUUCCUAGCCAGCUACUUCAAGCCUGAUUGGCCAGAGAAAACACUGUUUGGCCAGAGAAUUUGGUUCCAGGUGCAUCGAGGGUUGAUGAUAUUAACAGUGCUGCUUACCUGUGUGGCCUUCACGCUUCCCUUCAUCUACAGAGGAGGUUGGAGUAAGGGUGCUGGGGCCCAUCCCUACCUGGGCUGUACUGUACUAGCCCUGGCUCUCCUUCAGCCUAUCAUGGCCACUCUCAGACCUCCCCCUGACUCCUCCAGGAGGUGGGUGUUUAAUUGGCUGCAUUGGGGAGCUGGGACUGUUGCUGAGAUUAUGGCUGUGGCGGCCAUGUUUUUGGGGAUGGGCCAGCAAUCUGUGCUCCUGCCUCACUCCUGGCGCCUGGUGGUUCUGACUGGGUUCCUGGCAUGGGUCGUUCUCUUGAGGGUGCUUCUUGGGCUCCAUAAAAAAGGCUACGUUAAAACACGAUUUUGUGACUGCGUUUCCAAAGCGAGUGACACUGAUCAGCAGAGGAUUCUUGCUGACGACUCAGAGGGCAGCACUUGGGAUGCAUGGUUCAAAAUCGCUGCCCUUCUUGCCUUUGUUAUUGGGAAUAGUGGGUUCCUGAUCAGCUUAAUUUACACCAUCAGUGGAUUGUGAUGAAUCUGAGAAGGGCCAUUCCAUGGUACAUGACAACUCACUGGCUGUUAGAAUGGUGGAGGAUCUGGAUUCUUAUUCAGUUCCAGGCCACCGGCAGAUCAAAGCACUGAACCAGAUCUAAAGCUAUUGAUGGAAUGAUAGGGAAUAUAUGUAUAAAAAAAUACUGGAUAGAUGAUCUGUUUCACACAUCAAAAGUAUUUCUGCACUAUUGAUUUUGCACUAAUGUUCUUAUCCCAACUUCUCAGGGAAAUGCAGUUGUACACUCAGCAGCCCGUUUAUUAGGUAUACUGUCCCGUUCACCAAAAAUAGAUCGCUCCUACAGACAGUGAGUCACGUGGCUUAGACUUACUGUAAAGCAAACAGACAGGCAUUGAGCACAGGGGGCUGCUGAGGGGAGGACGGCUCAUAAUUGCCUGAACCGAGCGAAUGGUAUCAAACACAUGGAAGCCAUGUUUGACGUAUUUGAUACCGUUCCGAUAAUGCCUCCAGCCAUUACCACGAACCUGUCCUCCCCAAUUAAGGUGCCACCAACCUCCUGAGGCAUUCAGUUACUGUUCAUUGAACAUUCAAAUAGGCAAAACGAGUGACCUAAGCAACUUUGAGCGUGGUAUGGUUGCCAGUGCCCGGCGCACUGGUACCAGUAUCUCAGAAAUGUCCGCCCUCCUGGGCUGUUCACACAAGUGUCAGGGUUUACCGAGAAUGGGGCGACAAACAAAACAUUUUGACUGCCUCUGACUGGAUAUUGCCUGGUCUGACAUCCUGGUUCCUGUUGCGUCAUGCUGAUGGCAGAGACAGGAAUUGGCAUAAGCAGCAGAGUCCAUGGUUUCAUCGGUACAGGCUGGUGUGGGGAAUGUUUUCCUGGCAUACGUUAGGUCCCUUGAUACCAAUUGAAUGCCACAGCAUAUCAGAACAUUGUUGCUGACUACUCAAUAGCAUCUUUGGGAUGAGAUGGACCGGGCUGUUCGCAGCACGAAUGUACCGCCAUCCAAUCUGCAGUAACUCUGAUGCCUUCACGUCAGCAUGGACCAACAUCUCUGUGGAACAUUUCACACCUUGUAGAAUUCAUGCCCCGAAGAAGUCAGACUGUUCUGGGUGCAAAGGGGGGUCUGACCCGGUACUAGAUGGGUGUACCUAAAAUGUCCACUGGGUGUAUAAUGCAUUUCAAUAUCUCGAUACAGCCUUGCCCCUUGAGUUCAUGUUUAUUACAUUACACAUCUGCGAAGUGUUGCUGAUUUAUAUGUUAGGGAGAAUGCACAAUUUAUUCCCACAUUCUUAAUGAAUAAUUACAAAUUCACUUUGUUUGAAUUAUUACUAUGUGCGGGUCAGUUAUGUUUCCAAAACAAAUGAUCCUGUUGUAUAAUAUCAGUAUAAACAAAUGUGAUUGUUAAAUAAAUAACUUUCCAAAUAUAA